GGAGGUUCCUGCCUCAGGUGUUCACCGGGCGGUUCCUCAUUUUGCCUGCCGUCCACGUCACGGUCUGACUGAUCUUUUAACUAAUCCGCCGUCUUUCUCUCCCUCGCUCAUUUUUCUCUUAGUCAACGUCCCCAGUUCACGCUUCCCCCUGCUUACGAGAUCAUCCUCAUCAGUCAGCAAAAAUACACCUAGGUUCCUACCAAAACUAAAACGAUUUUGACAGCGGCUGAAUCAUCAUCGCCUUGGCUAACCCCGAUAGCUAAACUAAACUAUUGUACUGCUGCUGCUUACCUCAUCGCGCGUCGCUCCAUUCCAAUUCCUCUACAAACCUCCUCGCUGGUCCACUGUGAAAGACCGUGGAUUCAGUUCGAACUAUCUGAACCUCUCUUUGGUUGAGCUUGAGUGGACGUGCGUGUUUGCGGUCUCUCUCGGCGCGUCUUCGUGUUGGAACCUCCAUACUCUCUCCAUGCAGCCUACAUUAGCUCCAGCGCCGCAUCCAAGCAUGCAAACAUCUGCUCAGGACCAUGCGGACCAGGUGCUCCAUGACCAGCUCCUAGCGGCCCAUCAACACCUAUCGCAUCCGCAGCAACCGCGUCCGCAGCCCUCUACCGGGCAGCCACCGCACAUGCAGCCCAAUACGACAAGCCCUCGUGACCAGAACAACAUUGAUCCCGCAAUAUCAGGUGCUGCGAUGCUCAGUGGCCCGCCGCAAACGCCCCCGCAGCCGGAGCCUACGGGCCAAGAGAGCCCGAAGACGUACGGCAAGCGACCGUUGUCGACCUCCAAGCGCGCUGCGCAGAACCGCGCCGCACAGCGAGCAUUUCGUCAACGGAAAGAAAGUUACAUUCGCAAAUUGGAGGAGCAGGUGAAGGAGUUUGACACCAUGUCGGAGGCUUUCAAGGCUCUGCAGGCGGAGAACUAUCAGUUGCGCGAGUAUAUCAUCAAUCUCCAGUCACGACUUCUGGAAUCCCAAGGCGAGGUGCCUGAGCUCCCAGGAAACAUCGACCUGAGUCAGCCACGAACCGACCUGAAUCUACCGCAACCCGGUGCCGGGUCUGCGACGACGUCUUCAUCAGCGCCCGCGCCGCCCUCGGCAGCUCAACAACCGCAGCCACCUCAAGGUGCUGCGUCCAACGACGACAUGAACUCUCUGAACCGGAUAGCCGUGGCCGGCUUGGGGAUGCGCAAGCAUCCCAAUGAAGAGGCCAACUACCUUGGCAAUAACUUCGCGGGUCGUCGGACACGCCCCGACGAGACUCAAGCUGACCCGGAAGCGACAAAGACGGAGCCAUCCACACAUGGGCUUCCCAUGGUCUCAUGAUCGCAUUCAGCUGUUGUCCUUUUUUCCAAGCUCCUGACCCUUGUGCUACCUUCGGAUACCGGUGUUUAUCGCUUUUGAUACUGAUUGUUUUUGUCAUGUGCUGUUUUCUUUGUACUAUCCCGUUUUUAUGGUUGGGUGUAUGGCGUGAUGCUGCUACGUUUUCUUUAUCUAAUGGCUUUGGAAGGGAUGGUGUUCUGUUGUGCCUGGAUCUCCAACGCCAGUGCGAAGGGCAGAAGACCACCGUCUAAUACUUUUGACCGUGGAUUGACUCGAUAAAUACAUUGACCAGCUAGACUGCAAAGUCCUCCCUUUGGUUCCUUUUUUCAAUAGUUACUGUUCAACACAUCUAUCAUAUGCGUAUAUGUACUACUCCUCAAUCGUACACGAACAUGUCCAUUUGAGCAAAGGAAAGAAAAAAGAAACCCGAACAAGACGUAUCCAAAUACCCAGUGAAAAUAAGGAUAUCCAAAUCCGACCAAACAUAAGGUACCAGAUGCAAUCUAUAAGCUUCAACUAGUUCCUCUAAAUCGUGAGCAUAAUCAACGAAAAUAAACCAAACCCCGGAAAUAGAUAAAUAAAAACAAGAAAAAGAGAAACAAAAAGACCCAAACCAGAACCCCUGUCAACAUAGUACCUACGUACUAA